GCGAUUAGCUUCUCCAACUUCGCAUCUUCCAACCCAACCUAGAAAUAUUCAAUUCUCCUCUGCCACAACCAUCAAUACACGUACUUGUGGAUUGAGAACAUCGCACGCAGGAAUGUCGUUUACAUUAGCGGUUCGUCAGGGACCAGCGCGUCUGGUGUCCAGAUUACCAGAUGUCGCCAAAUCCUCUCUUCGCACUUCAGCUCCUCUCCGAGCUUUCCACCGACCCGCCACCAAGCCCUCGACCUUCUUCACAUCCCGCGCCACCGUCGCUUCAUCGACGCUGCGCAUCACACCCAAGAAUGCAUUCACGCAGUCGAGAGCAUACCAGCAGCAGUCUGCCCCUGCUGCCGACCAGGGCACGCUUGUCCGGAGACUCUUGACGGGUGGCGCUAUCUUCGGUGGUACCGUCGUCGCCAUCAACCUCAUCUUCAACCGUGAGACCCGAGAAGAUGGCGGCAUGCCCCCCUUUGAGAGAUCCUACCUCAACCAGACCUUUUUGCACACUGGUCUGGGUAUUGGUAUCAUCGGUCUAACUGCGAGACAAAUGGUUCAAACUGGAUUCGUUUACCGAAUGAUGGUCACAAGCCCUUGGGCUAUUGCCAUUGGUGGCUUAGCUCUCAGCAUGGGUACCAUGAUCGGAACACGAUCCAUCGACCCUGACAACUACAUCCCCAAGUAUGCUCUUUGGACCGCUUUCAACGCCACCCAAGCCGCCUUCAUCGCACCACUACUCGCCUUUGCUCCUCCCGCACUCAUCGCACGUGCCGGUCUUUACACUAUCGCUAUGAUGGGUUCCAUCUCCUUCGUUGGCGCCACCGCUAAGCAGGAGAAGUACAUGUACAUUGGAGGUCCCUUGUUAGCUGGUGCCGCUUUGGUUGCUGUCUCUGGAUUCGCUCCUCUGGUCCUCCCUGCCACCGCUGUGCGCACUCUCGCUUUCACUGAGAACAUCUGGCUGUACGGUGGUCUUGCCGUCUUCGGCGGCUUCACGCUGUACGAUGUCCAAAAGAUUCUCUACCACAGCCGCCUGGCUGAGCAGGGAAUCAUUAAGAAGGACCCCAUCAACGAGAGUAUCUCUCUUGAACUCGACUUCCUGAACAUCUUCAUCCGUAUGGUCCAGAUCUUGAUGCUCCAGCAGGGCCGCCGAAAGUAAUCGCUUCGUGGAGCAGGAAGAAUAAGGGAAAUAAUGGAAGGAAGGAUCAAUUAGUAUGCUGUGAACGACAAAUUGGGGCUUAAUUAAGGGUUUUAACACUGCUCCUGGAUUUCAUAGGCAACAUAACCCCUCUCUUCGGUAAAAAAAAACCUAUGUAAAAAUAUCUUAACAGCGACACCGAAAUCGGUCUUUUGUACUAGUCUGUAAAUCCAUCAGUUACUGGGAAGAAAACAAUAAUAAAAAAAAGACAAUAAAAAACAAUAGUAAAUUUCAAACAAAUGUCUGAAGUAACGCUAUCACAAG